GCGAGAGGAGACUCCUUUCAGCAAGAUUCUUCUUCACUCAGUCUUCUGUUGGGGCGAUACCGACUACGUUUCUGAUUCCCGUCGUUAGAGUUUUUAGUUAGAUAUCUUACAGAUCGAUAGUGGUAUUUUUAUUUUUUAUUUGACUCUCGCAGGGAGUCAGAAACUAUUUGCUUCACGGUAAACUCGUCCUCAGCUGCUCCGCAAGCUUGUUAGCUAGUUUACAUUAGCCAGCAGCUACCAGUAGAUUUACGGCUUAUAUCCGUGGCUGCCCUGCCAGGUAGAUCAACUAAAGCCGGAGCCGCUGCUCAGCCACAAUGGUCUGGUCAUUUCACCAAUUUCAGGGUAUUGACAUUGGCGAAUAAUUCAUGUGAUUUGGGAACAAAACAACGCAGCCUUUGUUUGACUUGUGCGCAGCCCGGCUGGUUUGGCCUGUUUCAUUGUCUCCGAGCAUCGAAAACAGAGAAGUUGUUUUUCACUGUCAGCGGGUUGUUUGGCUACUCGGGCUAAUUUAGCCGUGUUGCUGUAAACAAAGCCGUCAGCUGUCGACUCCAGAUUAUCCUGAAAGCUACGUAGCGCAGUAUGGCGCAACACGACCACUCUCAUGUCGCCAGUUCACAGAAAGCUCUCAUGCUGGAGAUGAAGAGCCUUCAGGAGGAGCCUGUGGAGGGAUUCAAGAUAACACUGGUGGACGAGGCUGACAUGUACAACUGGGAAGUGGCCAUUUUUGGCCCACCAAACACUCAUUACGAAGGGGGGUAUUUUAAGGCUCGGAUCAAGUUCCCUAUAGACUACCCGUACUCCCCGCCUGCCUUCCGCUUCCUCACCAAGAUGUGGCACCCCAACAUCUAUGAGAACGGAGACGUGUGUAUUUCCAUUUUGCACCCUCCAGUGGACGACCCGCAGAGCGGAGAGCUGCCGUCAGAGAGAUGGAAUCCCACCCAGAAUGUCCGGACCAUUUUGCUGAGCGUGAUUUCGCUGCUUAAUGAACCAAAUACCUUCUCUCCUGCCAACGUGGACGCCUCCGUCAUGUACCGCAAAUGGAGGGACAGCAAAGGCAAGGACCGGGAAUAUGUCGAGAUCAUCAGGAAACAGGUGGUGGCCACCAAGGCGGAAGCUGAGCGCGACGGCGUGAAAGUGCCCACCACGCUGGCCGAGUACUGCGUCCGCACUCGUGCCCCAGCCCCAGACGAAGGCUCCGACCUCUUCUAUGACUAUUACUAUGACGACGAUGACGUGGAGGGCGAGGAUGGCGACUGCUGCUACGAUGAGGAUGACUCGGGCACCGAAGAGUCGUGACAUGCUUUCUUUCUGGCAACAUCCCCGAUCCAGCUGACAUACUUCUUGGUCGACAACCAUGAAAGAUUUGAAGCUUUCCACUUCUAAACCAAUGAAAAGAGCUGUUUUUUCUCGAACCUCUGAAUUCUUUUCGGAGUCGAUAAACUGUUGCGGAGGAGUCAAACCUGGUAAAAUUUGCACCAGCACAAAAGUCAUCAGUUUCUUCAAUCUUGCAGACAUGAUCAUUGUCAUUAUCACCUAAAACCUUACGAUGAGAGAAUAAACUACUACUUAUUGAGUCGUUGAGUCCGCUGUACAGUAUAUAAUAUCGUGGGGUUAUUACCACUUUUAACAAUAGCGACAUUUGCACCGGUGCAAACACUUCCAAGCUUCGCUCAGCCUCUCUUACAUAUCUUCUUUUUCUCUAAUUGUAACUGGCUGUUGCUCACCAGUUGUUGCUCUCAGUGACUGACAGAAGAUCGAGGACUUCGUGCAGCCUGUUUGUACCGAACAAUCCAUCGAAUCAGACAUUCCCCAGUUUCGCAGUCUUGCUUCGAUAAGACGGGAUGUCACGGGACGAUGUUCUCAAAGUUCUUGUGCAUGCGAGAACAUCAUCGGAAGCUUCUUGUCCCUUUUACAGAUGGACCGUUUACCCUCAUCGUGAUCCGUUUUCAGCUUGGAGAGAGAAAAGACUUGUCCAGAGAACUUUGUAUCUGGCGAACCGGCUUGCAAGCUGAGUCAAAUCCUCAUGUGAACAUUUUUGGUCACAUGAAAUUGCUGUGUUUGUUCUGGUUACUGUUGGAUGUGUUUCUCUGUCUUUUUGAGUGUGGGGUUAUGUUAUUCGAAGUAGCUCAGAUUUAAGAGUCCUGUAGGGGCGUUUUUCAGGGUGGGUGGGGCUGAACUAAUUACUGAUCAGAAUUGUAUUUCUCCUCAGGUUUGCUCUCUGAGGCCUGACGGAGCCAAAGACGUACAGCGGUGUAAAAGAAAGCCCAAAACAUUUUCUGACAGUUUGUUGUAUUCUUGUCUUUGUUUGCUUUCUUGCAGGCUUUGUUAUUUUAGUCUUUUGUUAGACAUUACGCCUGCAAUCUUUUGCUUGAGAAUGAUUUAUGUGAUGAGAUUAUUAGGUUUGACUAGCCAAAAAAAAAAAAAAAAAAAUUUAAAAAAAGCUUCUGUAGGAAAAGUGUCUGUCAAAAGGUGUUGUUGCAGUAUCAGUCAGGAGUAUCGAAGUGUUUCAGCCCUGAAGUGAAAGAGAAAAAGGCUGCCAUGUUUUAGUUUGAUUUCUAUUCUUUGUGUCAGCGAAGAGCGGACGGGUUUUGAUAUCAUUUUUAGAGUGCAUGGGUCUCCUCUGUGUGUAUUUUUGCAUCAGCAAUAUUGAUUGUUUAAUUUACUCAAAUUAGGACUUCAUACUGAAUUUCUCAGGAUAAUGAAUUACAUAUGACAAAACAGUGAAGACAAGCAACUAUUUUCCUCUCAUAGGUGGUCUGCUAAGUUGGUUUACUGCUUCAACAGGAACCAUAACUGAUAUGCACAUGUAGCUGUAUGGAUGAUCACCGUAUUGUUUUAUUCACCUGUGUUUAUUUUUUAUUUUCGGCUAUUUAAAACUGAAAAAUAAAGAUUUAUUGGAAAACCAUG